AUGGACUUCACCAAAGGACUUGAACAAAGAGCAUCCUCCGGAAGAAACCUUGCCUCCGUCGCUCCCAAUCGCGGAAACAUCACGUUCCUUGAAGACAGACCUGUCACGUUCUCGGGAUAUCCACCCGGCGAUGGGUCCCAUGCAGUGGACCAAAUGGACCUUUGCUCUCAAGGGGCACCAACUCCCCUAGGCACAGACCUGGGAGACGACGAGCCAACAGCAGCCCAACAUCGCGCAACGCGAGAGAUGGAAGCGAACGACGGUGACUCUUGGGAAACUAUGGACGGAGUAGGUGGUGAGCCCGGGGAGGGUUCGGACAUGGAUUCCCCACCUACACAAGAACCCGUCGUCCAACACAUGCACACGGAACCGUCCCCUCAAGAAUCAGGAACGAGGCCGAGGACUGAUACUAGCGCCACGGACGAAGUCGAUUUCCACAGAAGGUUAUUACGGCUCGAGGAGGGUCAUAGGAGGCAAGAGAAUUCCCUUGCGGGGGUUCACGGAGGCGUUACCGAGUUGUCAACUAGGAUGGAUCGAGCUCAGAGAAAAUACCGGCGGCAGCGUAAACAAGAUCGGAGACAACGCAAGAACGAGCGGGAAGAAGAUCUGAAACAACGUGAAGAAGAUCUAAAACAACGAAAGAAAGACCGUAAAAAGGAUCUGAGACAACGCAAGAAGGAGCGUGAAGAAGAUCUGAGACAACGCAGAGAGGCGGAGAGGAAUCAUCAGGAGCAGCUUACGCAGUUGGUUGGGUCGGUCAAACAGGCCGUUGAUCUGGCCACUGAAGCCGUUAACCUGGCCACCCAGAAUAAUACGGGGGGGAGGUUCGAUUAUAAUUAUCCUACUUCAUAUGGGUCUGACGUCCCACCUUUCAUGUCGUUGCCCGCAGCGGGUACUGUGCAGCCUACGCCCUUCCACACCGCGUACAAUAACCAGCGGCCCCGCAAUUCGAACGGUCAGCGGAAGAAAGGGCGUAUCACCAGCGGCUGGGGCGCCGCCGCCGCGCACCCGCCCUUUGCCAGCACUAGCACAUCUGCAAGAAACACCUGGACUGAACCUGCCCGCUACCCUCUCCCCGACGGAGUCACAGGGCCAGUCCGCACCAUUCAUUGUGCUAUUAAAGUUUACUCUACUGACACGAUGCAAACCCAGCAUGCUUCAUCGCCAGAGGCAUCAUCUAGUACUGUGUCCGGCAGUACUGGUGCUGGCGGCCGCCUGCAGAUCGAAGCAGCGGGACCAAUUUACCCGCACCCUUCCGCCCUGCACGGUGUCUAG